AUGGCACAGCCGCAAACCUCGCUGCCACUGCGCAGCCUCGCACGCAGCAGCAGCAGCCGCAGCACGGCACGCGCCGAGCCCGACACUGCGCCCGACGGCGGGCCGGCCGGCUGGCUCGUUGUUGCCGGCUGCACGACGUUCUUCUUCGUUGUGCUCGGCCUCAUCUACAGCUUUGGCAUCGUGCAGGCCGAGCUCGCGCACCGCGGCGUCGCCUCGUCGGCCACGCUCGGCUGGCUGGCGUCGCUGUCCGUCGUGCUCUCGAGCGUCUUUGCCCUGCCCUUCACGGCGCUCGUGGCACGCAUCGGCAACGCGCGCAGCGGCCUCGUGGCGGCGCUGUGCGUGGGCGGCGGCUACGUGCUGCUCUCGUACGCGCUGCACGCGCUGCCGCUGCUCUUUGCCGCCCAGGCCCUCGUCGGCGUCGGCUACGGCCUCAUGUUUGCCGCCUGCAGCUCGCUCGCCACGCAGUACUUUGUGCGCCGCCGCGGCCUCGCCGGCGGCAUCGUGUACGCCGGCUCGGGCGUCGGCGGCGCCGUGCUCGCCGUCGGCCUCUCGCGCCUCGCGCGCGCCGUCGGCCUGGCAUGGGCGAUCCGCAUCUACGGUCUGCUGGCGCUCGCCGUGCUCGUGCCUGCCAGCUGGCUGCUCAAGCACCGCGUGCCGCCGCCACUGGCCAUGGUCCGCAUGUCGUACCUGCGGCAGACCAACUUCCUCCUGCUGCUCGCUGCCACGGCGACCGUCACCUUCUCGCUCUUCGUGCCGCCGUUCUUCCUGCCCACGUUUGCCGUGUCUGCCGGCUACACGGCCGAGACGGGCGCGUGGCUUGUAGCAGGCUACAACCUCGCCUCGGCGCUGGGCCGCAUCAUGUUUGGCUUCCUCGCCGACUCGCGCUUCGGGCCGAUCUCCUCGCUGGCGCUGAGCAUGCUCUUGAUGGGCGCAAGCAUCCUCGGCAUCUGGAGCGUCUCCGACAGUCUCGCUGCGCUGAUCUCCUUCCUGAUCAUCAAUGGUGCAGCAGCCGGUGCGCUGCUCUCGCUGAUGCCGAUCGUCAACGCAUCCCUGUUCGGCGUCCAGGAGACGGUCGUCACCAUGUCGAUGCUCACGAUGAGCCGAGCCAUCGGCUCAGGCGUCGGCUCGCCGGCAGCCGGCUACCUGCUCGACGCAUUCGGAGGCGCGGCGUCGGGCACGAGGGCAUACCGACCCGCCCUGCUGCUGGUCGGCAGUGUCUCGCUCCUGAGCGCCGGCUUCGUGUGCACGCUGCGCUGGCGCCUCGGCGGGCUGGACCUCAAGAAGCGCGUGUGA